AGGGAAUCUGCUACGGUAUUCCACUCAUCUCCAUUUUAGCUUUUUGUCGAGAUCCUUAAACACAGAUUCAAGGAUUUGGGAACCAACAAGAUAGAACGGAGUGAAUGGAUUCUCGAGCAUCAGCAAAACGGACAACGCCUUGAUCUUUCCAAAGAUUGGCAAUCUAUCAUAAAGCCGAAUCAAAUCCUUAAUAUGAGAAUGAUAUUCCGAAGGCAAAACCAUAGCUCCACAAGAUGUCCAUCCUGCGGCUUUAUGAAUCCUGGUCUCCAAUCUGAUCAAGUUCAAUGCCAUAGAUGCUCGUUGAAUUUCAGGCGAAUCGAAGAGAUUCAGGAUAUCCGGAUCAGCAGCGACUCAUUCAGCGCUCGAACAGACCGAGUAAAGGGUUCACCAGCUCGAUUCCCAAAACCCCGGCCACCGAAGCCUCAGAGUCCAGAAGACGAUAUUAGCCGAUAUAAGCAGGUUCAAUUAGUGGAUGUCGACUUCAAGAUUGGUCUGUCUACAGUAGACCAGCUAAUUAUGAAGGCAGCUCUGAAACUGAGCUCGGGAGAUUUAUCAGACACUGAGCAUUUGGCAGAAAGGCUUGCUCUUGUCUAUGGCCUCUCUGAGGCUGAUAGCCUCGCCCUAUCUCAGAAGAUUGAUGUGCAGCAUGCGCAUAUUCGUUUCCUCCAACGCCAGCAAUUAGACUCGAAUACAGAUUCGGAUAUAGUGUCAGGCGUUAGAUCGAAGAACAGCCUGUCGCCAUCAAAAACGGCCAAGGAGAUUCAGGAUGAAUUGAGGGCCAAGACCCAGGGUUUAUUUAGGGCUCCUCAAGAGGCUGCUGCUAAGGCCGCCGUCGCUAGCCAUUCUGGAGAUCAUGGGAAUGUCUACGGAGGUGCUAAUUCCUCUGAUAACAACGGGCCCCUUGAACUAUCUUAUGAGGCACCUUUUUCGCACAAAAGAGAUUACGUACUCCCCUCAGCGAAUGUACGGAACGAAAUAUCAAGAAAAGGGGGCUGGGGUAGCCAAUUCUCGCCGUUUUUCGGCAAGGUAACGGAUAGCCCGCUCGCGGGUCUUAUGUGAGCCUCUGCAUAGCUGAUGAGUCUAAUUUGAGGACUUAUGGAAUACGGUUGCAUUGAUGCUGAGUAUAAUCAUUAAAGGAAUCACUCGAGGCCCGAGCCUGAAAGCGAUACACUUGAUAUCGACGCCAUCGGGGCUCC